GUAUUCCAGACAUUUCCUCCAUAAUCCAGUUUAACCCUCAUUUUCCACGACAUUGCUCAUUUUGAUACCCAUACUCAGGGUCUUUUAGCAUCUCCAUAGUUCAGUUACAUCAAAUAACCCUGAUAAUCCACCUUUUGAUCCCGACGUCAUCGAUACCCCGCGUUUUGCGAUGGCGUCCAUCCGCCUCCUCGCCACCGUAACGCUCCUCAUCGUCAUCGCUUCAGCUCAACAAUGUAACCUCAAGACCCUGAAGUCCUCUUAUCAAGCGCCCGUUACCGCCGAUGGCUGGAACUAUAGUAUCAUCGCCAAUGAGCUCAGACGACCUCGAGGUAUUCUAUUCGAUAGCGAGGGUGCCCUGAUUGUUAUAGACUCUGGGAAUGGAAUAAUCCAUUUUGAGCUCGAUGAUGAAGGAGGAACCUGCUUGCAAGUCAAGAAGAAGACCACUCUACUAAAGAAGAAUAAUCUCAACCAUGGCAUCGCCCUCUCCAAAGAUGGACGUACAAUCUAUGCUUCAUCAUCCGAUGAGGUCUUCGCAUGGUCCUAUGACCCGUCUAAAGUCACUCUCAGCGAAUCUUCCGCUCAGACUCUAGUCAACAAUAUGACUAACGGAGGCCACACUUCACGAACCCUACUUAUUUCACAGAAACAUCCAGACAUGCUGCUCGUAUCCCGCGGGAGCGAUGGGAACGAUGACGCAGGUGCCGAAGAUCGUGACUCAGGCCGCUCUCAGAUCCGCGCCUUCAACAUCUCAUCCUUCAGCGGCAAUUCCGAUAAAAAACCGUACGAUUAUCUUGACGGCGAGAUUAUCGGCUGGGGCCUUCGCAAUUCCGUCGGCGUGGCAGAGCAUCCAGAGACAGGUGGCAUUUUCAGCGUUGAAAAUUCCGCCGAUGAACUUCAUCGCGACGGCAAAGAUAUUCACAAGGACAACCCAGGCGAGGAGAUGAACUUCCACGGUUAUCUGAAUGGCUCUGAUGAUCAGGGUGGCAACUAUGGCUACCCUCUUUGCUAUACGCUCUGGUCUACGGAAGACUUCCCUAAUCUCGGCGAUCUCAAGAUAGGCGAUCAGUUUCCAGCUGAUCGCCAAGCAGACGGUGAUGAUGCUACCGCCCUUACUGAUGAAGAAUGCAAAUCCGACUAUGUUGCACCAGUACUAGCGUUCCAAGCGCACACUGCACCUCUAGAUCUGAAGUUCGACGAGAAUGGCACAAGAGCCUAUGUAUCUUUCCACGGAAGCUGGAACCGCGACCCGCCAGUUGGCUACAAAGUCUCCUACGUCGAUUUCCAAGACGGCAAACCUGCAUCUUCUUCACGAAGUACAAAUGCCACUACACCCAUCAUCUACAACAAAGAUCUCUCAAAGUGUCCGGAUGAUUGCUUCCGCCCCGUUGGUCUGGCAUGGGACUCUAAGGGUAGACUGUGGUUUAGUUCCGACAAGACAGGCGAGAUCUUUGUGUUGAGCCACGAGAGCGGAUCAGGUACGAGUGGCGGAAAUGGAUCUGAAUCUGGCGCUGGCAGUGGCGAUGAUGAUAACGAUUCCGCGUCUCUACAGCCUGGAUCAGCUGCUUUUAUCAUCGCUCUUGCUGCAUUCAUUGUAGGAGGCUUGCUUGCGUGAUAAUUCUAAGCAAAGAGGUUUUUUCAACCGCGAAUUGAUGAUGAUGGCUGAAAUAGACUAGGUAUUUGUAUGUGAUGCGGUUACAUGAUUUGAUAAGUUGUCUGAUGGUUAAUGCAAAAGCCUCUUUUUAGGCUUGAACUAGGUUCGGCACUUGCAACUGACAGCUUGACUCUGACUUGGACGGACUUUGUCAAAGGCCACGAGACUCUUGAUAGGGUGACCUGUUUUUUUUUAGACAGAAUAUCCUACGUGUGUCUGGACAAGCGUAUUACUAGGGGCGGUGCCCUUGUUCGUAAGCUCGACGGCCACCUUCAAAUGUAUCUAAUAAAAAGAAAGAAAUCGAAUUAUAAAGUCUAUAAUAUAAAGAUUUAUCCCUCUAUACUCAAUAGCAAUAAUUAGAGCGCCCUCAAAAUCAGCAGGCAUGGUGUG